UCAUCCAUCGUCUGCCUUAAGCAUUAUCUUUUUAACUUCGAUAUUUCAGUAUAUCCAGCAGAUUCGAAGCGCUCGCGAAGCAACUGACGGAAAGCGCAAUGGCUAUAACCCGAACGGUGGUCGAAGAGCAGAACCGAGAACGCAAAGUCCUCAUGGAACGACUGAAGCAUUCACGAGCUCUAGAGGCUCAAGCUAUGGCCAAGUGGCGUGAGAUUGCCAGAAGAUUGACUCACGAAAGAGCCCCUUGGCACUUCCCCGAUAGUUAUCCAAGCAGUUGGGAACUGGAUCCGACCGAGGGGCCAGCUAGAGUCCGGAUAAGAUUGCAACGAUGUCAUCUCAGCAUUGACCAACGAUUCUUCCUCAACGAGCACACGGAUAAAUUGAAAGCAACAAAGCUCGAUGCUCCGCUGUCAUAUUUGUUUACGUGUGGGAAACAAGACGCCAACGCAACUGCGUUAAUAGAGAGGUUGCAUACAACCGAGAGGAUAAGGAAAAUGUCCCAAGCAAGGGUAGUGACGCCACAGGCCGAAUUACCCGGCGAAGCUUUAAUCGGAGAAACGUGUUUUUAUUUCGUUCCAGAUAAUCCCGACAUGCCUCUACACACUGAUAUAGCCUUAGGUGGAUUAGACUUGGCGAUGGCUGGUGGCACAGCCUGGCGGUUAGAAGAUAUACGCGAGCUACAUCGUCGAAGAUAUCAGCUUCAAGAAAGGGCAAUCGAAAUAUUCCUAAUAACAGGCAGAACAUAUUUACUAGCCUUUAAUUCUUCCAAGGAAAGAGACGAGUUUGCGCUAGAGCUUUCGAAUUGUAAUUUGCCAAGACGCGUCCCAGGGGAUGAUUUAGGAGAGGCCCUAGCUUUAUGGCGCAGUGGGGCAUUAACAAAUUGGGAGUACGUCACUUGUUUGAACAAGUUAGCCGGACGUUCGUACAAUGAUUUAAUGCAGUAUCCAGUUUUUCCCUUUGUCCUUGCGGAUUAUACCAGUGAAACGAUUGAUUUGAGUAAUCCGAAGAUAUAUAGAAAUUUUAAGCGCCCCAUGGCUGUGCAGGAUAAGAAAAACGAGCAGCAUUAUGUUAAUAAUUACAAUUAUUUGAAGCAAGCAUUGUCGGAGGGUUUAAAUCUUGUUGCUUUGAAUCAGGAGCCCUUUCAUUACGGAUCGCAUUAUAGCAAUUCCGGAACAGUUUUACAUUUUUUGGUACGGCUUCCGCCCUUUACGAGUAUGUUCUUGAAUUAUCAAGAUGACAAUUUUGACAUCCCGGACAGGACGUUUCACGCUCUAGCAACAACGUGGCGUUUGACAAGUUGCGAUUCAACGACCGAUGUAAAAGAGCUUAUUCCAGAAUUUUUCUAUUUACCAGAGUUUCUUCUGAAUUUUGAAGGCUUUAAUUUCGGCGUGAGGCAAAAUGGUAAUCGGGUCGGCGAUGUAGAGCUGCCUAAAUGGUGUGGCGGUGAUGCAAGACUGUUUAUAUUGGCGCACAGAGCCGCGCUCGAAUCCGAAAUUGUUCGAGAAGUUUUGCCAUUUUGGAUAGAUUUGGUUUUCGGUUUCCGUCAAACUGGCAGACCAGCUGUCGAAGCAAUAAAUGUUUUUCACCCAGCCACUUACUACGGAUUCAAUGUGGAACAAAUUGCCGAUCCAUUAGAGAGACAAGCGUGGGAAACUAUGGUCAAGACAUACGGUCAGACACCCGCGCAAUUAUUUAGAGCUUCGCAUCCACUACCUAUUCAAAAUAUUGCUCUUGCAGGCCCUACUAAUAUUCCCUACGUUAUCGAAGGCGUUGAAGGUAUAAGAUGGGGAAAUUAUGUUGGCGCACCAACUAACGAUCCAGUCAUUUGCUGGAAACAUAAACAUCGAGCUUUACUCGCUUCACUCAUACCUUUGUCCACGGGAGACGUAUUUGGAUUACCCAAUUGUACAACUUUAAUACUUGCCUAUUCCAAAGGCGCUAGUAUGCUUAGUAGCACAUCAGUCCUGGGCGCGGCAUUGGCAUCCUGGCACAGUACGGAUGGAAUCGCAAGACUUAAAACUAAAAAGGAACAACCACCAAGACCACUUAUAAAGUCCUCUGGUUUAGAUCCCAUCACUGUAAUGAAGUCGUCGCCUGACUGCGGACAAUUUUGGAUCGGAUAUAUGUCUGGUCGAAUAGUAGUUUACGCAUGUACUGUCGGUACAACUGGAAAAAUAGAAUUUAGUUCACCAUCGCCGUCCGUUCUGCUUGCUCACAGAAAACGCGUCAUUGCCAUUGAAUUAUCCCGAGCAUUUAGCAUUGCCGUCUCGGGCGAUAACGAAGGCGUUUUAGUCAUAUGGGAUUUGAACAGCUUGAUUUAUGUUAGGUCCAUUACAAAAGAGCAGGGUCAUCCAGUCAGUCUAAUAUCGAUUAGUGAGACCUUAGGAGAUAUUGCAGUAGUUUAUCAAUUGUCGAAUUUACUUAUAACUAAUACUGGGGAAAACCGAUCAGAUUUAAAAGUAUAUACUAUUAAUGCGAGAUCGGUUGGUGUCGUAUCAUCAAGGAGGAGAAUAACGGCCCUUUGCUAUAGCAAUGCUGUCGAAGGCGUUUCCAUUAAUGUUAUUGCAGCUGGUUUGGAUAAUGGAGUAAUCAGAUUGUGGAGUAGUUGGGAUUUAAGAUUGGUUCGUGAAAUAAAUAGUGGUAAAGGAUGCGGAGCAAUAAUUGCAAUAACCUGGUCGUGCGACCAGCAUCAUUUAUAUGCUGCGACAGAAGAUUGUACAGUCAUUAUUUGGGAAGGUACUAGAAAAUUAAAUAAUGGUACCCCUAAAUUUGUUAAUCUCUCAACGCUUUAAUUGUAAUAAUGAAUUUUAUUUGCGAGCCUGUAAUUUUUAAUUUCCUAUUUGUUAGAAAUGAAUAAGGAAGUAAGUACAUCAUGGACUCUUAUAGUUUCUAAUCCCAUUCGAAAGCUUCGGAACAGUACUUUUGCAAUGAAGUACGUACUGAAGCAAUUAACAAUAUUGUCAUACAAAUGUUUGUCAUAAUAAUAGUUUUUCAGAUAUAACGCAAAUGAGAUUUUCAAGUACAUUAUUACUAUUAAAUAUACUGUUAUACGAUGUAAGUCCACAUGGAUAACGUUGAGAAAUAUUAGUAUCAAUAAGAGCUAUAUUGUUCUUCGAAAAUUCGAAAUUAAUAUAUUUUUGUCUUGAGAUAUAAACAGAUUUAAGCAUUACAUGCAUAUUUCAUCAUUGCGGCACUGUACGUAAUGCAAUUAUACACAGAUAUAUAUG